AUGUCGUGGUCCGGCCUUCUCCGUGGUCUCAACACGUCCCUGAGCUGUGGCCUGGCUCUGGCUCCCCGGCUGUGGGCCACCCGCCCCAUGGCCACCCUGAAUCAGAUGCACCGUCUGGGCCCCCCGAAGUGGCCGCCCCGGCGUCUGGGCCCCACCGAAGGCCGGCCGCAGCUUAAAGGUGUGGUUUUGCGCACGUUCACCCGCAAGCCCAAGAAGCCCAACUCUGCCAACCGGAAGUGCUGCCGCGUGCGGCUCAGCACGGGCGUCGAGGCUGUCUGCUUCAUCCCCGGCGAGGGCCACAGCCUGCAGGAGCACCACAUCGUCCUCGUGCAGGGCGGCCGCACCCAGGACCUGCCCGGCGUCAAGCUCACUGUUGUGCGUGGCAAAUACGACUGUGGCCACGUGCAGAAGAAGUGA